UCCCUGCCCCUCUCUCUGACAGGCUGCCCCCCCCCUCCCCUCCAGGUAUAUAAGGCUCUGCAGUGUCUGGUGUGAGGUUGUGUCUGCGCUGCUCUCACACUGAAGAUGAUGCUGUGUUCUCAGCUGCAGGUUCUGCUGAUGGCUGUGUCCGUGUCAGGGCUGCUGGCCCGGGCUAGUGGAGCCCUGCAGAGCGACAGGUUGACCGAGCUACUGAGGACUGACUUGCCCGAGGAAAAAGAGGAGCUCUCCCGGCUCUUGCUUCUGAAAAUGUUUUCGGAUCUCCUGAAGCCAGAGAACGACAUCCUCCCUGCCGAGGACUCUGGGAUACGAGAGGACGAGACGCGGCAGCUCCCAGCCCCCCAGCGCGAGCGCAAAGCCGGCUGCAAGAACUUCUUCUGGAAGACGUUCACGUCAUGUUAAUCCCCAGGGGGGGGGAGAAAAAAAAAUAGUCCCUGUGACCUCAGCACGAGCACAACCCCCCCCCCGUAUGUACAACCUACCUGUAUAUAAAUGCACUCACAGGAAUGAAAUGUGAACAUGAAUGUGUAAAAGAUCUGAGAAUAAUAUCUUAUUUGUUAUUGAAUUAAAUAAGUUUCAGUGUUAAUAGGAGUCUGUCUUUUUUUCAUUGACUGGAAUGGAAACGCGAUAUUCAAUGUUAAGAAUGCCCUCUACAGUCCUAAACUAAUCUGUUAAGUGGCCUCGCAAGCCUGACGCAGACUGGGUCUGUGUCGACUGGGGGAUAGCGAAACGCACCCUGCUGUAGACGAAGCGAUCGUUUCGCGAGAAUUCGCAAUUCCUGAAUUUGGGUAAAAAUUUCCAUCUUCUAGACCCUUGAGGUUCAUUUUCCACAAACCUAAAAUUGGGUCAGAUUGUAAAUCGCAAGCGCCUGGCCAGCACAGUUCGAAAUGGAAACAGGGCAGCGCGGUUUGGGCUAAGGGCCGCGGGAACAUGGUACGCUUUUACAAACACGCGUGUACGGCAAGGGGAGCGAACACCAAACCCCGCGUCCGCUACAUGUAAAACGUGGAAUAUCAGUGGGGGGGAAAAGCCCAGGGAUAAGUCACUAGCCUCUCAUUUCUGCCAGAGUACGACGGGACAGAGAGAGACAGACAGACGGAGACACAGUCAGACAGUGCAAUCCACAUCAACACACAAACACCAGCACAACUGUCCCACGACUGAAUCUCUCUUGCUGAAGAUUUGUAAAUUCAGGGAAGAAAAUGGAUUUUAAAUCAUUGGUCAGCCCUCCUUUAAAAGGGCGAUGUUAAGAGGCAAGAAAGGGUAAUCAAGCUUUGGUUGAAACAUCAAUAGAGAGAGAGAGGACUGCAGCUACUGUAAAACAUAGACCUUUAUUAAUGGGCUCCAUUACUUUAGGCAGUUCUGUACUGACAGGAUGGAACAGCAUAGAAAUGUCCUUCUUAACAAGGGUGUAGCUUCCACACACAACCACCAUCAGAACUCUCCUCAGAGACAUUAUUAUUAUUAAUAUUGCAAUGAUCAGGAGCCAGGAGUUUGAGCAGGGUUACAAACUCACACUAGCC